AAGCUUUUAGUUUCACGAAUCGCCAUUUUUAGAUGUUUGCAAGAUUGCUAGUUCCAAAAGAACAUUCAUUGAAACUGUUUCAGAGAAAUCUGAGACUUUUCUCAUCAAAAACUUGUCCCCACACGGGGUUCACAGCUGAUGCUGAGAAGGCCUCCAAUGCUCAGAUUAUUGAUGGGCGGAAAAUUAGCAACAAGAUCAAAUCCUUGUUAAAGAAGGAAAUCAGAUAUUUGAGAGACACAUUUGCUCCCUCUCAUAGCUCUAGACCUAAGCUUGGCUAUGUUAUUGUUGGAGAUAAGCCAGAUUCUUACCUUUAUGUCAAGAUGAAGAAAUAAAGUCUGAAAACAAGUCGGAAUAGACACUAUCGGCCGAAAUUUUAAUGAAUCCUGAUCCCAAUGGGAGAUUGAGGAGUACGUCAAAGAGCUCAACUCAGAUCCUUCUGUUAGUGGGAUCCUUGUCCAGCUGCCUCUUCCUGAAAAAUUUAACAGUACGCAGAUUUGAGACCUUGUAUCGCAUGAAAAAGAUGUGGAUGGAAUUCAUCCCCUUAACAUGGGUGCUAUGGCUAGACACGAGGAGCCCUUCUUCACGCCUUGAACACCCAAAGGUAUAAUAUGAUUGAUCAAAUCAGUUUGACCAGUGAUCAAAGGGAAGAAAGCAACUGUUAUUGGAAGAUCCAAUAUUGUCGGAAUGCCAAUAUCCUUGCUUUUACAAAAAGAGUUUGCAACAGUCACACUUUGUCAUACAUAUACACAAAAUUUAAAAGAUGAGAUUUCAACAGCUGACAUCGUGGUCUCAGCAACUGGAUGCCCCUAUCUUGUUGAAGGAAAUUUCAUAAAAAGAGGUGCUAUCGUGAUCGAUGUUGGAACGCAGUUUAUAGAAGACCAAUCUAGAAAAAGUGGAAAACGCUUAGUUGGAGAUAUAAAUUUCCAAAGUGUUAAAACACAAGCUGGAUAUGUUACUCCUGUACCUGGAGGUGUCGGCCCAAUGACAAUCUCAAUGCUAAUGGACAACCUCGUAUUAGCUUGGAAGAGGAGUAAUUUCAAGCAUGCAAAGGAGGAAAUUGAAGCUUUGGAAGCUUCUAAAAGAGAAUUUAUGUUUUCGGGAUCAAUCUCGAUGGACCAUAAUAAUUUUCUAGAAUAGCCCUAUCCGAG